UCAGUCCCCCCAAACCUCCACUGCGCACCGGAGGACGGGACACUCAAGAGCUGCACGCACGCAAUGGACUAACAACCCUCAGAGCGAGAUCAAUACAUCAGCUGUGAAACCCUCUCUGCGAGUACGUGACUCCCUGCGAGACACAUUCUAGUCUCUGGACGCCCAGCCCUCAUCAGAUCCCCAGGUAUGAUUCAGAGGAACGAGGUCGUGCUGUCUGUUCUGGCAGAGCUCCAGGAGGCCACGGAGAGUUCUGGCCUGGAUGCUCUCAUCACAGUGGGUCGGGAGGUGGACCAGGUGCUCGCUCCCUUCCAGCUCCCCAAGACCCCCUGUCAGGACUUCCCUGAGUGGGCGGGCGUGGACGACGUAGCUCACGGCCUGUAUCCAGCCGAUGCACCGCGAGGCCUCCUUCCUGUGAACUGUAAUGGAGAAGGCAACUUGCUGUUUGAUGCAGUCAGCAUGUUGUUGGUGGGAAACACGGGUCUUAGCUUGGAGCUACAGGUACGAACCGUAGUGGAGAUGGUGCUGUGGAAGAGGUACUACUUGUCCGGGAUGAUUGAUUCUAAGAUGAUGCUCCAGGCUGUUCGCUUCAGUCUUUGCGCUGAGGAGUCUGAAGACAUGCUAAACCUGCCUGUAACAGUCUUGGAGGCCAUCUUUGAUGCAGAUAUCAAAGCAUCCUGCUUCCCUGGCUCCUAUGCCAACAUGUGGCAUGUGUACGCGUUGUCAUCGGUUCUUCAGUUCAACAUCUACUCCAUCUACCCCAUGUUCAACCCUAAGAUCAGACCGUAUUUCAAUAGAGUCAUACGCCCAAGGACCUGGCCUAAAGACUUUGAGCCUCAAACCAUCCACGUCAUGUGGUCUGGCGAGUUGCAGUCCGAGUUGUUGUUCAGGCCAAAUCAUUUCGUUGCACUUGUCCAGACAAGAGACCUCACGCUUGGAAGCCCAGACAGCGAGCAGAGAGCGUCACCCACCAAGAGCGAGGAGAUGCUGAACCAGGACUUGCACCUCUCUUACCCGAGCCUCAAGGACAAGUACAACAUCACCAAGAGGACCUUCUAUCGCUGGAAGAGACAGACGCAGGAACACUGCAAAAAGUCGGCAGCAAGGUAUGAGGCAAAGUAUUUCCUGCAGGCCUGCUACCUGGAGGGAAAGCUCAUCCCUUUGCACCAGUUUAAAGAGUUCUUCCCUGAGAUCUCAAGAUCAUCUUACUACAACUGGAAGCAUGAGCUUUUGAAAAGUGGAGGAAACUUCUCCACCUCAUCUUCAACUGGAGAGAUAAGCCCCGGGGAGAGCACAGAGCAGGAGGCCUGGUCUUCACCCGAGGCUAAGCAGGAUGAGCCAGACCACCAUGACAGCGUCGCAAGUAUGUUUGGCCUCAGCCUCGGCAAGCUGGAUGUGGAGCGGGCUCAGAGUCUGUCACACAUGCAGGAAGCAAAGCGCUGUCUGCAGACUUGCAUUGCCAUGAACACCUCGUUCCCCUUCAGGAUGUUCAAAAGAAACUUCCCAGGCAUCUCAAGAUCAACUUACUACAACUGGAGGAGAGAUGCCAUGCUGGUUAAAAGAGGUUACAAAGGCAGUGUUGGCAGCAGUGAGGAUAGCUCAGACGCUGACAAGAGCCAAAGCCCAAAGAGUCUGUCACCGGUGCUGCUUAACAUCAGUCAGCCAGCUCUGCCAAGAAUGAGGAUCUGCAGACGGAACCACAAAAGUUUCAGGCUGGCGUAUAUGAGUAAAAAGCAGCUCAGAGUAGCUGCAAAGUUGCAUGUGCAGAAGUCCAAAUGGUCCCUGACGAGGUUUAGGCUCAAGUUCCCUUCCAUAUCCCCUUGUUUCUAUUGGUUGUGGCGUAGCAGCCAGAACCACAGGAAGAAGAUGGUCAACCAGAUAGAGGCCGAGAUCAGUGUCCCUGAAAGCCCGGAGAACACGGGAACAGAAAACAACAUUAUGGAAAGGAGGAUGGAGACCCAGAAUGUGCUUCCUUUGCUAGAUCGUCCCCCCAUCCUGUCAUUUGAAUCCCCAUAUGCAAUGCACACCUUUCACAGAGAGGCACCCAUGGAUGAGCAGAUGUUUGCGAUGGAUGUUGUGACUCUGGCCAACUUCAAGGCCAAGGCCAAGCUCUUCCUGCAGCAACGCUUCGAGGAGAAGUCCUUCCCCACAUUCAAAGAAUUCAGGUCGUACUUCCCUUUCACUCCGCGCUCCACAUACUACAUGUGGAAACGAGCUCUACAUCAUGGGGUGUCACUGGUUCAUGGGUAGAUGCAGUUUUUUACUCCACUAAAACUGGGUAUGUAGGAGCAAAAUCAAAGCUCUGCUGGUGAACGUUUAGGCCCCAACGCAUUCACACAUGACCCGACUUCAUGUUCUGCUUUUCUGAAAGACUGUUAAGUACAUCAGCUUAGCAUCUUAAUGCAUUGUGUCCUUCCUCUGCCCCCGCCAACACAGAUAAUUCCUCCCUCCUGGACAUUUGCACGUGUUUGAAAAGAAACUGAGUUGUGGGUUCAUUUAAACCCGGCAUGUUGCCCUGCAGGCAAAAGGCAGUUCAAAGCUGUUGUUUAGUGGCAUUUUGUUUGAAGCCCUCUAUUCUCUUUUAAUCCCUGCUUUUGGACUUGGGGCCCAUCAUUUUUUUUAUUAUUAUUUUUUUCACUUUUCAUUGUUGUAUUAUUGUUAAUCCUUAAAUUGUAUGCUUUUUGUUGCCUGUGAUAUUGAUCUGGAAUAUUUGUAGUGGUUUGGUCUUUUUGAUUUUUUUUUUCUUUCAAAGAAAAAAGCGGCCAGUUUUAUUUUGUUCCAACAUCUCUAUAAACACAGUUCCAGUCCUGUUUUUUCUGUUGUAUACACAACUCAGGGUUUCACUUGCACUGAGGUUUUAGUUAGUUAUACAUAGGAAUAUUUUUGGCCCCUUCCUGGAAAUCAACACUACUAUGAGUUUUUUCGUGACACUGUAUUUGCACUGAAAUGUUUCCAACUACACUAUUGAAUGUACCGUCUUAGCCGUUCUGCACACUCCGGUUAAGUUGCAACUUCAGAAUUUUUCAGAACUCUUUUCUUGAAAAUAGAAGAAAUUUUAUUUUUGUACACUCCCUCGUUUCGAAGCUACCUAUUUUGAUAGAAUACUAGGAUGUUGAGGAGAAAUUUGUCUUUAUAAGCUACCUUUGUGUACUGCUCUCCACUCAGACUGAUGUGCUUUGCAGAACUGCCUCUUCUUGAAUAAUUGAUUUUAUUUGACGUUUGUACUCUUGCAUAUUUAUUUUUUUGUAUUCAUCACAUGUCUGGAAAGGGUACUGUUAACACUAGCAGUUUGCAUCAUGUUCAGUCAGUUGGGCUGUAUAUCAAUAAACAAUCAAACAGCAUCAAA